AUGUCGGACAGCUCAAUUUGCCCACUUAAUGAUUUCUUCGAUGUUGAUGAAGAAAACAACCUAGAUGAAUUAAAAAAAGAAGACGCUCAAGUAUAUAGCGGAACCUUCUUAUCGUACAUUUAUAAACAAUUUGAAUUUUGUUGCACUAACUUCAUCGAUGGGUUAGAAAAAAAAAAUAAAAAAAAAAAUAUGACGUUAAAGAAAACCUUUUUAGAAGAUUAUUAUAAGAAUAAAAAGGUUGUUAGUCAGUACAGGGUCUUUGACAAAAUUCUCAAAAAACGUGCAGAUUUAGCUAAGGAGGUGCCAUUGGACUCGAAGUAUUUUAAUCCACAUGCAGACUGGUGCGAAUGCGCACAUGAAGUGGACAUUGAGCUGACUAAUGAAGAAGUAGAGUUUUGUAUUUUUAAUUUUUUUUUAAAAAUGUAUAGAUCCGAACCAAGAGACAAAGAUUUACUUCUUUCCGUCAUAUUAGAAUGUUUAUAUAGCAGAAAAAAUUUUAAAAAAGAAUUUUAUGCUCAGAAAUCAAAUUUAAAAUUUUUAAAAGAAAUAAAAUGUAUAGAAAUUAGUAACUUUAAGGAAUCAUUAAAUGAAUUAAUUAACACAAUUGAAAACGCAAAUUUUAUUCAAACUAAUACAAAUCAAAUAAAUAAUGAUAAAUUUCAUUUUAAAUUAUAUGUUACCAUAAAAAUUAAAUAUAUUUAUGGAAUUUACAUAUUUAAUUGUGAUGAAGUAUACGAUAUAGUUGUUAUAGAUUGUAAUACCUCAAAUAAUAACAAACCCAAAAUGAUGAGCUUUUUCUCUUUAAGAAAAUUUAUAUCAUUUUUGAAUAACAUAUAUUCAAUUAAUUUUACUGAUGAAGAUGUCCACGAUUCAUUUCCCAUAGUUGUUUACGAGUCUAGGGAGUGUUAUGCCUUGUCACAUAAUCAUCUACCCAUCAAGGAGACUGUGUUCAAUAACAGAACGAACAACAUUAUAAAAAAAGACAUUUUAAAUGAAUUAGGAGAAGAAGCAAAAGAGAUAGGGGAAGAGCAGGGCGAAGAGGAAUGA